GCGGCCUAAUAAGCAUCGGUGUUUUUGUUCUCCUUUGUGAUGGCGGAAGUUCUCUCGCAGAUUGGACAGGCGGAGACUUUCAAGCAAGAGGGCAACACUCGCUUCAAGGACCAGAACUUUCGUGGUGCACUUGGCAGCUACCACAAGGUUUUUUGUUACCUCAAUGGACUGCAAUUGCCUGGAGAGAGGAAUGAGGCAUCGCAGUAUGCAGAAAUGAUGGGCAGAUCUGCGGGCAGCCUCCAAGUACCGAUGGAGAAACUUGAGGAUGUGAAAAAACUGAAGCAGUCGACUCACUUAAAUAUGGCGGCAUGCUACUUGAAGUUGGGAGAGCACAGAAAGUGCAUUGAUGCGUGCACCAAAGCAUUGUCAACUUCACCGCUUUCAAAGGCCUACUUCAGAAGAGGACAGGCGCACCUGGAGCUUCGCAGUUUGGAUGAGGCAAAGGAAGACUUCGAGCGAGCCCGUGAGUUGGAACCAGAUCCAGCCAUUGAUAAGGAACUGAAGAGGUUAAGGCAGGCUUUCUCGCAGCAUGAUGCCAAGGAGAAGAAAAGAUUUGCCAAAAUGUUCAGCAAGAUGCAGGAGGGUCACGCCCUCAUCCAACAUAUCCUUGAUCGUCAUAGAGCGAUUUGCAGUCCGUGACUGCCACUGAUUUUGGAAGUUGCUGAGCCAAGUACGUCGUCGAAGAGACAGAGUCCAAAGAAGCUUCAUCAUCUGGGAGAUGCGAAGCAGAGGCGGAGAAGACUGCUUGAGGCGACCUAUUGAGAAAAAC